AUGAGACCUCAUUACCCAUUGUCAAGCAAGCGUGAGGUGCCGUCCGACAUUCCUCGCCCAGAUUAUGCAGAUGACGGUUUCCCCACAAGCGAAGCCGAGUCUCGCGGCAGUCACAAGAUACAAGUCCUGACCAAAGAGGAACAGACUAAAGCCCGCAAAGUAUGCAAGCUCUCUCGAGAGAUCUUGGACAUUGCAUGUAAAUCUGCUAAGGCAGGAAUGACAACUGAUGACAUCGAUGCGAUUGUGCACGAAGAGACCAUCAAGCGAAAGGCUUACCCCUCACCACUCAACUACCAUGGCUUUCCAAAAAGUGUGUGCACAUCCGUGAACGAGGUCAUUUGCCACGGUAUUCCCGACAAAUAUGUACUGAAAGAUGGGGAUCUACUAAACAUCGAUGUGACAGCCUACUUUGAUGGUUAUCAUGGUGAUAUGAACGAGACUAUUUUCAUCGGUCAACCUUCUGAGGCAACUGAGCAUCUGGUGCGAACGACUCAUGAGUGUAUGAUGAAAGCCAUUGACAUGUGCAGGCCCGGGGCCUUGUACAGAGAUCUAGGCGGUGUCAUCCAGAAACACGCAACGGCGAAUAACUUGAGUGUAGUGAGAAGUUACUGCGGACACGGUGUCCAUCACUUAUUCCACACAACCCCUAAUAUCCCACAUUACGCAAAGAAUAAGGCAAUUGGUGUAAUGAAAGCCGGACACAUCUUCACCAUCGAGCCCAUGAUCAACGAGGGUGUGUGGAAUGAUGUCACGUGGCCCGACAACUGGACCUCAGUAACGCGUGACGGCAAAAAGUCUGCUCAGUUUGAGCAUUGUCUGCUGAUCACUGAAAACGGUGUAGAGAUUCUAUCACAGACCCACGAUAAGCUGCCUCACUUCCAACGACAACUGAAGGAGUUGAAGGCCGCUAAGGAAGCCAAAUCGGAAUAG